AUGGAAACCAACCCCAAGCGGGUGCGAUCCAAGCACCCCAAAUUCCACAAAGGCGGAAAUGGCACCGCCCCAGAGCAUGUUGCCCCGGGCCCGGGAGAGGCCCAGCCUCAGGUCUCUCCCGCGGCAGAGGAGAGCGCAAGCCUGCCUCCUUCCGGACAACUAUGCCGACGAAAUCAAACAGCCACCAACCCUGCCAGCUCCCCCAGUCCUCCUCCUCUUCCUCCCUCCUCCUCCUCCUCCUCUGCUCCCGCUGGCGCCGACAAGAAGAAUAACUAA